UUCAGAAGAGAGUCUGUGUUUGUGCUGAAACGCAGCGUGAUUGUUGCAUUGAGGGAAUGAGAGGAUCAAGAUCACAGAAAGUUAGAAUCAUAACAAACCGCAAAUCUGCUGCCUGCUAAAGAAAAAAAAAACACGAAGAACAGUACAUAGAAAAUCUGCCUUUUUUGGAAUUUAGUGAGUAGUUCUGCCAAGCACCUUACUUGGCAAGAACUGGGCAUUUUGGGCACAGUUCAGUAAGAAGACAGCUAUUUGUACAUGAGCAUGGCGAUGACUGAUAACGGCACAUCAUCCCACAAUAACUACAUUCCUCAUUAUCUUCUAAAGGAUAACCCGUUUGUCUCCAGGCUAUCGAGAGGAGCUGAUGUUGCAGCUGCAUUCUACAUGAUUAUUGUAGGGAUUUUGUCAGCUGUUGGAAAUGGUUAUGUCAUUGUCAUGUCCUGGAAACGGAAGACAAAGUUAAAGCCUCCAGAGCUCCUGACAAUUAAUUUAGCCGUCUUUGAUUUAGGGAUUACAGUUGCAGGCAAACCAUUCUUUAUAGUGUCCUGUUUUGCACAUCGCUGGAUUUUCGGAUGGGCAGGUUGCCGAUGGUACGGGUGGGCAGGGUUUUUCUUUGGCUGUGGAAGCUUAAUUACGAUGACUGCAGUCAGUCUGGAGAGAUACUUCAAAAUCUGCCACUUAAGAUAUGGUAGCUGGUUUACGAGGCACCAUGCUUUUGCCUGCUUGGGGUUCAUCUGGUUCUAUGCAGGAUUUUGGGCCACCAUGCCUUUGGUAGGAUGGGGAAACUAUGCUCCGGAACCCUUUGGCACAUCUUGCACUUUGGACUGGUGGCUUGCACAAGCAUCAGUGGCUGGGCAGAGCUUUGUGUUGUGCAUGCUGUUCUUCUGUCUCAUAUUUCCUACAGCAAUAAUUGUGUUUUCAUAUGCACAAAUCAUUAAGAAAGUCAAAGCAUCUGCACAGGAGGUUGCCCACUUUGACACCAGAAAUCAGAACAGCCAUGUUCUGGAAAUGAAACUAACCAAGGUGGCAAUGUUGAUAUGUGCAGGAUUCCUGAUAGCCUGGAUACCCUAUGCUGUUGUGUCAGUGUGGUCUGCCUUUGGGCAGCCUGACUCUGUUCCUAUCCCUGUGUCUGUGGUGCCCACCCUGCUGGCAAAAUCAGCAGCUAUGUACAACCCUAUGAUAUACCAAGUUACUGAUUGCAAAAACGAUUGUGCUAAAACAAGUUGUUUCAGAGCCUUCAAAAAAAGGAGAUUAUACAACAAGUCCAGGUUUUUUUCAACAACUGCAACUGGCAAAGGCGCCCCAGCUAUAGAAACCCACAUAGAGAUAGAAGAAACUGACUGAUUGAUUUUGCUGAAGAAGGUUGCUCUGUGCUUGUGCUCCUGAUCUGAAGUUAUUCUGGGUGUAUUACACAACACUUUAAACAUGAACAGCAGCUGUACUGUGUAUUCCCUCCUUUCUGUUGAUCCUUGCUACUGAUAUUCCAUGGCACUCAGAACAAUAUAUGGUAUUGUUUUGCACCUGUAAACCAUCUUGAAAAACAAAUUCCAUCCAAUGUAUCCAUUACCUUGCAUUCUGAGUCAUUUGGUGACAGGUUACACACACAAUUUGUCCACUAAUGUUUCCACACUGUGGUCUCCAGU